AUGAGAUGCUUUUUAAUCAAAACUCUUGAUAAACCGUUGCAACGCUUUUUCGAAUGGUACACUCGACGGAUCCUCGUCGAUCAUUAUAUCCUUUUCAUAAUCUGGCCCUUGUGGUUGACGAUAUUUCUGGGCAGCGGUUUCUAUUGGAUUGAGGAAUUGACAUUGUUGGAUGCGAGGAAACUUUACACUCCAAUAUCGGCUCCAUCGUGGAUCGAAGAGGAGACUUUCUCACAAUUAUGGCCAAUAAAAUCAUUCGAAUUCCUGCCCGAGCGAACAUUUCAAUGGAAUCGAUAUUUGUAUGUGGUUGUGCACGGGAGAAUUCUCAAAAAUAACUCAUAUCCAAAUAUCCUUGAAGAACCCUACUUGACAAAAAUCACGGAAAUCGAAGAAGAAAUCGCGAGAAAAGUCGAAUUUCCGAUGGAGGAAAAAUGGAAAAAGAAAAGAAAUGAAAGUGAAGGAAAAGGAAAUGAAACGAUCGGAUUUAAGGAUAUUUGCCUGAAUUGGUAUGGGGAUUGUUAUCGACAAACUGGGUUGAUCGAGAUGUUGAAAAGGAGGAAAGAGCUGUCAACUCACGGGAUUUCCGUUUCCUAUCCGGUGGCCAAUCCUGAAGGAUCCCCAAUAUACAUUGCAUUCAAUGUGGGCGGGGUGGAGACAUUUCCAAAUGAUACAAUCAAGUCAGCCAAAGCGAUGCGUCUCUUUUAUUUCCUCCGUUUUGACACUGCCGAAAUGAACGAAAUGUCGACGAAAUGGGAGGGGAUGAAGCGAGUCGAUUCAUCGCAAAAACUUAUCAAAAUCACUCGUGGAUACAGUGUCACAUCAAGCACUCCCGCAUCCUUGAUCUUGACAUUUUAUGCUGUCAAAUGGCAUUUCGGGAGUGACAAUGGGAAAUGGAGAGUGUCAAUUGAUUGGCUUCGCUCGAAACCGAUGCUCGCCUUGGGUGGUGUGCUCACGGCUGGAAUGGCGAUUAUGAGCGGAAUCGGUCUCAUGCUCUGGUUCGGGAUGUUCUUUGCCGAGAUCACACUGAUGGCCCCAUUUCUUGUGCUAUCCAUCGCUGUCGAUGAUAUGUUCAUCGCUGUCGCUGCAUGGCAUAACACUGAAAUUGAGUUCCCAGGCAAUUCGGAGAAAGUGCUUAAAGAGCGAAUGGUUGGUGCGAUGUCGGAAGCGGCUGUGGCUAUCUUUAUCACCUCGGCCACCGAUGUUUUCUCGUUUGCCAUUGGAACGUUCACUGACAUCAAAGCUGUCGAGGGCUUCUGCGCGAUGACGGCCGCCUGUAUGUUCUUCACAUUCUUCUAUCAGGUGACAUUCUUCGCCGCUUUGUUAGUCCUCUCGGCGAAGACCCAAUUGAACGGGCGAAACUCGUGCAUCCCUUGUGUGAAAGCUGCCGACAUUCAAGAAUCAUCCUUAGCAAAACUCAAAAAGAUUUCCCAACAACAACUCGGUAAUCCUUCAGAACAAGCGAAUCUUCCGAUCAAAGCUUUCGGCUUUAUGGGAACAUUCUUUCGAGAUGUCUAUGUCCCGAUUUUGCUCAAUUUUUGGUCAAAAAUCGUCAUUUCGAUAGCUUUCAUCGUUUAUCUCAUGAUUUCCAUUUAUGGGAUUACCGUAAUGGAACAGGGAUUGGAUUACGAGAAACUUUUGAUUGAAACGGAUCCUCUCGUGGAAGCGCUAAGAACCGAAAUACAACUGUUUCACGGGGGAGAUCAGAUCGAAAUCGCCAUUGUGAACGCUCCAGACAUGACAAAGCAAGAGAAUCGAGAUCUCAUUGAGAAAAUCGUUCAACAAUUUGAAUCAACAUCUUAUGGAAUUGGCAAGAAAGGGACAACUGUAUGGACAAGAGAAUACGAGAAAUAUGCAAAUAUGACAGGUUCAUAUUUGAAUGACGAUCACGAUUCGUGGGUGAUCGGAGUGUCUCAAGAUUUCGUGUGGUCAAACAGCUCAAAUCCCGAAGAACUUCGCCUUAUCUCCUUUCGUUUCCGAAUCGGGGUCACCGAUUUCUCGACUCCAUCGGAUUUGGUGGCUGUGACAGGCGAGUUGAGAAGUAGUCGAUCGAUCGCUGAUCAGCUAAACGUCAUUCUCCCAUCAACCAUUCAAAAUGACUCGUUGGCCAUUGUUUGCAUGGUCAUUAUUUCUCUACUUUUCAUCCCAAAUCCCUGUGCACUUUGUGGAUCACAAUCGCUAUCA